UAGAGUUUAUGGUCAUAGUGUUGGAUUUGGUGGCUCCUGCUUCCAGAAGGACAUUCUUAACUUGGUCUACAUCUAUGAAUGCAAUGGUCUUCCAGAAGUGGCGAACUACUGGAAGCAGGUUAUCAAGAUCAAUGACUACCAGAAAAGCAGGUUUGUGAACCGGGUGGUUUCCUCCAUGUUCAAUACUGUUUCUGGAAAGAAGAUUGCUGUACUUGGGUUUGCAUUCAAGAAAGACACAGGUGACACAAGGGAGACGCCAGCCAUUGAUGUUUGCAAGGGCCUUUUGGGGGACAAGGCCAAGAUUAGCAUCUACGAUCCUCAAGUAUCUGAAGACCAGAUUCAGCAUGAUCUUGCUAUGAAUAAGUUCGACUGGGAUCACCCUAUCCACUUGCAGCCAAUGAGCCCAACAGCCGUGAAGGAGGUGACAGUGACCUGGGACGCAUACGAGGCCACCAAGGGAGCACAUGGGGUCUGCAUUCUGACUGAAUGGGAUGAGUUCAGGAAGCUGGAUUAUGCAAAAAUCUUCCAGAACAUGCAGAAACCAGCUUUUAUCUUUGAUGGGCGCAAUGUGGUGGAUCCGGAGAAGCUAAGGGAGAUUGGAUUCAUCGUUUACUCGAUUGGGAAGCCAUUGGAUCCGUGGCUCAAGGACAUGCCCGCUGUGGUCUAAUUGGGAGCUCAGUAGAGAGCGAUAUACGGUAAAAGACUCUUUACGGAUCAGGGUUAGGUUUUGAGUUUCAAACUGAGGAUUCUUCAAAACUAUUGUCUUGUAUUGGGUAUUUUUCUGUCUUUUGUCCUCACAUUUUAGUUAGACAGGGAAUGGUUGAUUGCACUCUUAUAUACUUUGUGUCGAAGUGUCUUCGGUUGCAUUAUCUGCUAGGGUAUUGUACUCCAUUCAUUCUUGCUGUGAGAGGAAAACACGAAUUGCUAGUUCAUCUGAAUGCCAUAUUUGGUUUUCUAAAAAUUACUUUUGACCUUGUAACUCACA